AUGUCACUCUACUCAAAGUUUCUCAAAGAUCUACUGACCAAAAAGGGAAAAUAUAUCCACAGUGAUAAUAUUGUGGUGAAGGGAAAUUGUAGUGUUGUUAUUCAGAGAACCCCUCCACCAAAGUACAAGGAUCCAGGGAGUGUCACAAUCCCUUACUCAAUUGGUGUUGUAAGGAUAGGAGAGUUGGAAAUCCUACCAACAAGAAUGACAUUACAGCUGGCAGAUCCCUCAAUCAUAAAGGCCAUACGGCGUAGUGGAAGAUGUGUUGGUAAAAUGCGUCAAUUCACUUUCCCUGCUGAUUUUGUGAUAAUGGACAUUGAAGAGGAUGUUGAAAUCCCAUUGAUUUUAGGCCAUCCAUUCAUGUUAACAGCCAAUUGUGUGGUUGAUAUGGAGAAAGGUAAUCUAGAAAUGAGUGUGGAUGACCAGAAGGUUACAUUCAAUUUGUUUGAAGCCAUGAAGCACCCAAGUGACCACAAGGCUUGUUUUAAAGUAAAAAAGGUUGAACAAGAGGUAGACAUGGUAGCUAGAGCCAUGGUGCUACAGUCCCCACUGGAAAAAGCACUGACUAAUACUAUGGAGUGUUUGAAAAUAGAGGAAGAAAAAGUAUUGCAAAACUGUUUGGAAGAAUUAAAGGGUUUAGAAGAAAAUCCUUCUGAAAAAGUUGUAUUUGAAGAAUUGAAGAAGGACAUUCCGGCAGAAAAGGCCAAAGUGGAAUUAAAGACUCUUCCAAAACAUUUGAAAUAUGUAUUCUUGGGAGAAAAUGAAGCAAGUCUAGUGAUCAUCAGCAACUUUUUGAGAAAGGAAGAGGAAUCUCAGCUAAUGGAAGUUCUAAGGAAACACAAGGCAGCUAUUGGAUGA